CCACAGGUUGGCCAAGGCCGCGGCCAUCGAAAAAUGGUGGGCAGCCGGGCCCAGCGAGGCCUGCGGGCUCAGGCGGCGGCGGCGGCGGAGGAGGAGGAGCAGGAGCCCCCCGUCAUCCUCAUCAGCGACGAGGACUCGGACGAGGGCCACGGCGCCUCGGUGCUGCUGUUGGCGGAGCCUCUCGAAGAUUCGGUUCUAGAAGAGGAGAAAUCUGAAGAGAUUGUGGAUGAAGAAUCUGGACUAGUAGUUACUUUCUGUAAAAAGGGGAACGUCAUGCCACAUGCAAGAUAUGACUGUAUGACCAACCUAUUUGAGCGAGCAGAGUGUGAGACCUGCAUCCCCCUCGAGCGGAACGCAGAGACGUGCGGCCAGUGUUACUGCUACAUAUGCGACAAGCCGGCCUCUGAGUGCCAGUCCUGGACGACGCCGGCCCUGUGUCACUGCAACGCCCACAACAAGAGUAAAUACUGGAAGGGCCAGCGUGACUUUACCUUAGCCGGAGUCCUGGCCACCUUCAACUUGGAGCUCUCCGAAAUUGACCGGGACCUCCGUCGUGGGGGCGAGCUUCUGAUCCAGUUUGUGCAGGAUCUGUCCGUGGAGUACACCAAGUACCUCGGCGGCGAGAGCCUGGCUCUGGGCCGGCAAGACUGCUUCUGUCAGCCCAAGCGCAAGGCCGACCAGUGCGACAACUGCAGGUGGAUUGAAACGGAGAUGGUGUACAGGUAUUCGAGCGUCUUCCAGAAGGUUUCCUCGUUCAUCAGCCAAGCAGAAGAGGAGAGUCCCAAAACAGCUGCUGUGAUGUUACUGGGGGCAAUCAAGGAGAUUUCCCUUCACAAAGACCCUGCUCGAAAUUGGCAAAACCUGGGUCCGACUGAAUCUUUGAAGAUAGCUGUGCCCUCUCUGAUGGACAGGGUGACCAGGGUCCUGCAGAGGCUGCUGGUCCUGAGCGACUUCCCCAAAUUUCUGUAUGAAAAAUUCAUCCAGUUCUUCCAGUCGAUCACCCUCCCCCCGUACUGUUUUGCCUUCACUAAUUGCCUGAAUAUUGCCCCGUGGGACCACAGAUUGUUGACCACGGUUCUGAAGGGCCAGAACAUCACUGGCAAACAGAAGAAGAACGGCAAGAAGGAAUCCCUCUGGGAAAUGCUGCCCGUCAUCCAGGCACGGGUGGAGAAGAUGGAGCACGGGGGCCAGUUCAAAGAGCUCGUUCGGUACCUGAAAGCAGUGAAGUCUGACGACACUCUGGGAUUAAGAGAACACAGGGACAAGAUUCCUUUCUACUUGUGCAAGAGCGGGGAUUUCACGAGCGCAGCCCAGUCCCUGCUCCUGCCACUGAACAACCUGGCCUGCUGUACCGCCUGUCGGCUGGCCCCUAUUCACUUUGAGAUCUACCUCAAGAUGUUCCGGACCGGGAGUGUGCCCUCCGGAAAGAGCCUCCUUGACUCAGACAAGUGGACUCUCAAUGUCGGUACUCCAGUGAAGCUAUGCAUUCUAAUUAAGCAGGCCCUGCGAGUGCUAUACAGCAAUCUGGCCCUGUACAGAAACGCCCGCUGCUGGGGCUCCCUGAUCACCGUGUUGGGCAGCAGCCCCAUCUUGGAGCCCAACGGACUGCUCACCACCAUCACCCUGCCGGAGCCUUCUGCUUCCUUCUGCCAGACGGUGCUGUCCGCCUCCUUCGAUAUCCUCAAAGAACUCAAGUCCAAAGCCAACGCCUCAUUGCCCUCGAGCAUAUUUUACGGUUCGCUGACCCUGGAGGCUUGUUUCAUCCUCGUCAUCCAAGCCGGCCUGCAGAUGCUCCUGACGGACCUCCCGUGGCUCAGCUCCCUGCUGGAGAUCAUGCUGGCCUUUGGGAAGAACCUGUGGGCCCUGAAGCUCUUCCUGGAGGGCAUCUCGUACCACGUGCCCGCCCUCCACGACGUCCUGCGCCUGGUGACCCGCGACCUGAGCUACCGGAAGCACAUGUUGCUGCGACUGUGGGAGAACCUUGGGCCAGAAUACGUCAGUGAACUACUUUGCCUGUUCCUGAGCUUCCAGAACCUGGAACUACAGUCCAUCGGCAUCUGUUUUUCUCACGUGGUCAUCGAAAACCUGCAGGAGUGUCCUUGGGCAAAGUCACUGGACGUCUCACGCUUCAAGGCGUUGAAAAGAUCCCACCUCGAGACAGCCAAUCAGCUUCAGCUGAACAAGUUUGUGUCUAUCGUGGAAAAGUUGUAGUCGUGGUUCUGGGAGAAGUGUCACCCGGGCCCGGCGUUGGGCUGCUUGUCGUUGGAGAGUUUCUGCACGUCACCUGCCGACCCGUUAACGGGCCUGAGCCAGGCCAGGGGCCCAGACUUCCCUUGCAGGAGGGUGCCGGUCCCCAGCUCCUCCCUCACCCCACUGCCUCCCCUCCACUCCUCUCCCACCCGGUCUGAGGGGUGGGGGGCAGCGUCGAACAGCCGGCCUCAGCCCCCUUCCCCGUCAGGGUGAGGCUAAAAGGGUGGGGGAGGUAGGGCCUCGCAGGAGGCUCGGAUGGACGACUGUGGCCAAAGGGGGCCCAGGACGCCCUUCGCCUGCAUAUCUUGUGGCCGGCUGGCCGGUAGGCAGAAUACACACCAGCAGACGGCAGACUGGGAAGCGGGGGUGAAAGUCAGGGGACGGGAGGCAGGGUGGGCCUCUUGUCUUGGUCCCCGGGCGCUCGAGUCCCAGAACAGACCUCUCUAGCGACAGCGUUUGAUCGUCAGCCCAACGCCCGGGCCGACCGCUGCCCGGCUGGACGGCCUCACCUGCCCACCGAUCUCGGGCCAGGGCAGAGCGGUUCAGGGAGAAGGGGCCACGGUUGGAUCUUCGUGCCUGGCCCCGACUCCAUCAGGAUCCGAUUUUAAGUUAUUAUUUUGAACCAGAUGAGCUCCCGCGUUCAAAAGCGAUGUACGCAUUGUAUCUACGUUGUUGUAGUUCCAGCUCAUGAUGAAAUAAAACUCACACUGGGCGUUUUCUCCCUC